AUGGGAAACUCAGCACCGGGGUUGGCUCUUCGCACAGACAAGUACAUGCCGAAGUCGGUUGUCGUCAUCACAGGGGCCACAAGGGGCAUUGGGAAGGGAUUAGCCUUGAGAUAUGCGCAGAGAGGGGCGUCCUUAGUGCUUGCGGCUCGCAGCAAAGAAUGCCUCGAAGAAACAAAGAGAGAAUGCGUGCAGCUAGGCGCUGCAGGCUGUCUUGUUGUGCCUACAGAUGUGACGAAUGAACAGGCCUGCAAGUACCUCAUAAAGGCGGCGGUAGAGGCGUUUAACCGGAUUGAUGUGUUGAUACUCAAUGCAGGUGUUAGCGCACAUUUCCCAUUUUCAGAAUUUGCUGAUAUGAACAUCUUCAGGCGUUUGUUUGAUGUUAACUUCUUUGGCUACGUGCAUUGUACAAAACAUGCACUCCCGCAUUUAAAAAGAAGCAAAGGAUUAAUUGUCGUCAUUUCUUCAGUCAGUGGAGAAAUCGGACUACCUCUACGCAGCGCUUAUUGCUCAAGCAAAUUCGCGGUAACAGGGUUCUUUGAGGCCCUGCGGAUGGAGCUAGAAGGGCAGGUGGAUGUCACAAUAUGCUGCCCGCCUUCUGUCCGAACGGAAAUGAGGAGAUAUCAACUGCUGCCCGAGUGUAAAGCACUUGACGGCGCAGAUGUGUAUUUAAAAGGAGGGAAAGACAUAUCAAAUACAAGUGAAACGGCAAACACAGCAGAAGCAGCAGCAGCAGAAACCUCGGAAGGAGGAGCCCAAGCGGAUGCAAAUGAACCUACAGCAGAUAAUGCAACUGAAUAUGCUGAGGAUAGUAAUAAGACUGAUCGCAGAAUGCCAGUGGAUGUCUGCGUGGACUACAUUUUGAAGGCAGCAGACAAAAGGGCGAGAAAAGUGAUGUUUCCGCUCUAUUCCUAUCUUGCGGUGUACAUCCGGCCUCUGCUACCUGGCAUCGUUGACCCUUUUAUCAAGAGAGCAGCGAAGCUGUAA